UUCUCUGUUUCGUCCAGUUUGUGAUGCUCUGAGCGCUCCUCAGCAUGUCUCACGCCGAAGUCGAGUUCUCUGGACGUGGUUUUCCUGGUUUACCUGUUGAGUUGGAGGAGGACUGUCUCUCCAGAGUGCCAAUGCUGCGGACUCACUCCCUGAACGCGAGGAGGAACUCAUACGUGCUUCAUAAACUCAGCGUGGAUAUUGACCCGCAAAUCUACAACGAGACACUUUCCAAAGCGCUGUCGUGGUCCACUGAAAACAUAUUGUUAUCAGAGAGAAGAGUUGCUGAAAAUAAAACAGACCCUCCAUCUCCAAGUUCUCCAUCUCCAGUCUCCAGCCCAGAGUCUUCAACCCCCAGCGCCAGCUCAGCACCUCCAGAGGACUGGACAAGCUCCGUCCAGACCCCUCUGUCCCCUGUCGCCCAGGAUGCCAGCUCGGACUCCGACAAUGAGGGCUCCAAAGUUGAGAAUGUGGCACCACGACGCCCAUUUGUAAGCAGACUGGAGCAGGACGAGAAAGAGGACAUUGAGACCAAAGCAGUGGCCACCUCACCGGAUGGAAGAUAUCUGAAGUUCAACAUUGAAAUUGGGAGAGGGUCGUUCAAGACGGUCUACAAGGGGCUGGACACAGAGACCACGGUGGAGGUGGCAUGGUGUGAGUUACAGGUAUAG